AUGGUAGGUUCUUCAGAAACCCCUUCUAUUCAAGAUCGAUUUGCACAAUUGUCGCUUCUUACUAUCACGCCUAAACAAAACUUGAUUUUGGAUCUUGACCCUCUUAAGUGCGACAGCUACAUGCUACCCAUCAUUGAGUGCUUUAAAUAUUCCUGUCUGGUUAAAGCUAUGACCACAUCCGAGAUUGUUCUGAUGCCCCUCUUAUCGAAAGCCUACUCGUAUGCUUGCUACAUCAAGGAAGUACAAAGAAUCACCUUCGAAGUUCACGACAGGAAAACCUCAAUCACCAAAUCCCGAUUUUGCUCUUUACUAGGGCUCGCUCAUACUGAUGAUAUGGUUGACCCUGAUUCCGUCUUCAUCGCAACCAUCAUGAAGAUGUUCUUCCAAAUGGGGUACAAAGAAACCCUAACUACCAUCUCAAAGUUCUGGAAAGCCAAUCUACCACUUCAAUGGAAUUGGCUUUUUACCCGGUUGUUCAAAAGCUUCUUUGAGCGUGUGACUUGCUCCGAUUGUGCCAUCUUCCACACUACACACAUCAUUAUUCCAAACAACUCAAAAUUCUCAUUUGUUGGCUUUAUUCCUAAAGCCGUGUUUCGUGAUGUCCCUGCCGCAACCAAGAUACUUGAAGCUUACAGAAAACUUCAAUUUUCAGGCUUUUAUCCUUUAACCGAUGACAUGCAAACAAUAUUAGAAGAGGAUAAUAAGCCUAAGAAAGGAGGAAAGAAGAAAGUUGCAAAGGAAGACACUCCAACAACCUCGCAUCAUGAGGUUUCACAGCCGAUUUCUACGAAUCCUGAGGUAACCUUUGAGAAUCUUAUCUCAAUUCCUAUUACCAAUGAAUUUAUUGAGGAUGUCUCUAUUACUUCUCCUACUGCUACUCUUUCAACACCUAUCUCCAUUUCCCCAUGCCCACCUGUUUCUUUGGGCGUUUCUGGUGAUGACGAUGACUUCGCGGGAUUCACUUACAAUCCUUUUAACAAUCGGACUGAAAGUGAUGACGAAGAUCCAGUCACACAAGGGAAACUCAAGGCGAUCAAUGAUAGACUCGAUUCGUUGCUUCAAUCCUCCAAGGCUUCUUCUACUGAAGAUUAUUCACAAGCAACAAUCAAAUCGUUCCUGGAGACUCUUAUGAAUGAGCAUUCUGCCAAUCUCGAAAAGACAAACAAGGCUGUGAAUUCAUCUGCUUCUGUGUGCAUCCAAACGACCGAAAAAGUCGAUAAACUAAUUACAGAUACUUGUGAGUUCAUGGAAAAAUUCCAAAGCUCUUUAGAGUCUAACACCACAAAGGCCAAUGAGGUAAUUUCUUACAUGGGCUCAACUCUUAAAACAGAGAAGGCAAAACUUUUAAAGGUUCACACUGGUCUUCAAUCUGACCAUGUUGAGUUUAAUUCCUCCAUUUCCUUGAAGAUCACAAAGCUCCAGGAUAAAUUAGCGAUAGAGAGCAAAAUCAUGGAUGUACUUGCUGUAAAGACUGAAAGGGUGAAAGUCUUGACAGUCAAGUUAAAAAAUUCUGAAAAACGAGUCAAUGAUUUAUUAUCCAAGAAAGUAGACAUAAAGAGUUGUAUAAUAGAUGUCAAUGGACUGCUUUCUGAGAUUAUUGAGACUCGUGAUUCCAUGAUCACGAUCACAGUUACAAAGCAUUUUGUAGAGAAACUCAUGCCUGUUUUUGCCAUUCUGAAUUGA